ACACAGUGCUCUUAUUUCUCUCUGUCUUCGUCUUCAAAUUCAAUGAAUUUUGAUUUCUCUCCAUCCCCAAUUCCCUUCACCUCUGAAUUCUUCUCAUUUCCUCCGUUGAAUUAAGCUUCAAUCGGACACAAAACAGCGCCGGAAAUCCCCUCCCUGAAGUCAAAAUUUUCAAUCCAUCUUCUCUUUGUUUUUGAAUGUUUCUUUUGUUUUCAAUCCGUCAAUCGGAAUCCAUUGUUUUUUUCUUCAAUUCUGUUCUUAAAUCGAAAUUGAGAUACAACUGAGGAGUUACCGAUAAAUGGUGUUUCACUCCAUCGCACGCUGGAGACAACGACAACUACAAGUAACAAAGACCAAAGAGUUUCACCAAUGGCUUCUUCAACAAUGAAAUCGCAGCCGCUUCAUAACUUCUCGUUACCUGAUUUAAAAUGGGCUAUGAAUCAACCGAACAACCACCGGUUCAGAAAGCCUGCUACACAGGAAGCUGAUUCCGAUUCUGAGAGUAGGAGGAAGGAUCAAGUGUUGGAAGCUGGGAAGAGUGGAGCCGCUUCGUCUUCGUCGGGACACAAGUCUGAAAAAAUCGAGAUGCAGAAAGCGGGUAACGGUUCGGAUUCUGUGGCUGAGAGCUCGGAGAAUAAAUCCACUGCCCCUAGUGGUAGAUCGAAGAUCUUGAUACGUCUCCGAACGAAGAGCCAGAAGCCUGCCGAGGAGGUUGCAGAUGCUGGAGCUCAGAACUUGAAUGCUGAAGAGACUGAGGAGCUGGUGGGUAAGACGUGGAAUCUGAGGCCAAGGAGGCUGGCUCCUAAAGCCUCGAAUGCAGGUGUUGGUGGAGUAAAGAUUGCUGGACCAGCAGCUCAGGCGAUCAAAACUCAAAGGCAGGGAGUGACUCGCUCUAGGAAUCCAACGGAGGGGAAAGCUGCCAAGAAGAAGGAGAAGAAGCUGAAGUUCUCAAUUUCGCUGUCAAGAGAGGAAAUUGAAGAAGAUAUAUUCUCCAUGACUGGGUCCAGGCCCUCUAGGAGGCCGAAGAAGAGAGCCAAGAAUGUUCAGAAACAACUCGAUUGCGUGUUCCCUGGCCUGUGGUUACCUUCCAUAACUUGUGAUUCAUACAGGGUACCUGAUGCUCCUGCAAAGGUUUAAUUUUUGAUUAUUUGAUUUCCUUCUCUUCUUUGAUUGUUUUAUUAAUUUGUUUCCCUCAACUAAUUCGUUUUCUAUGCUGUUUUCUUGACUUUUUGAUGUAAAGAAGGGUAAGAGUUAUCUGCUUGCAGGGUUAGACUAGACUGAUACCAAGCUGCAAAAGAGGGGGUUACUGAUGAGUCUCUCGACCUGCAGCUGAAAGAAAAGCAUGUAGAGAUAAAAGGGUAACAAAUGUAUGUUGUUUUUGUGCCUUUUUCCUCUAAUCUGUCAGGGACUUAGUGGAAUGGUGGGAGAGUUAGCUUAUAAACCUUGUUAUGAGUAGUUGCAGAUGUACAUAUGACUUUUCAGUUUGUUGAAAACAGUUGAAAGUUUUCAGUUCCUGAGAAAUGAAAAUGCUUUUCAAUG